AUGCCAUGUAGAUUGAUUUUUUGUGUGUAUUCUCUCUUUGCUUCAGCACUGAAAGAUGCUCGCUUUCAGCUGGUGAACUUCUCAGACAACGAGCUGCGGGUGUCACUGUCGAAUGUCUCGCUGUCGGAUGAGGGUCGAUAUGUUUGCCAGCUGUACACAGACCCCCCGCAGGAAGCCUACGCUGACAUCACAGUGCUAAUUCCUCCAGGUAACCCCAUCAUUGAGACACGGGAUGAGGUCCUGAGUGAGGGCAAUGAGACAGAGAUGACCUGCACUGCCAUGAGCAGUAAGCCCGCUGCUAUGAUCAGAUGGAUGAAGGGAGAUAAAGAGCUCCCAGGGAAACCCAAGGUUGAGUUGACCUAUGAUAAGAUGUACACAGUUACCAGCCGGGUGAUGUUCACUGUUGGUAAAGAGGAUGAUGGUGUACCUGUGGUGUGCAUCGUUGACCACCCUGCUGUCAAGGACUUCCGAGCACAGAAAUACCUGGAGGUGCAAUACAAACCGGAAGUGAAGAUCAUGGUAGAGUUUCCUCAGGGUUUGACAAGAGAGGGAGAGAACCUGGCACUUGCAUGUCAAGCCAAAGGCAAACCCCAGCCGCAGCGGGUGAACUGGUUGAAGGUUGAUGAUGACGUGCCAUCCCACGCUGUCAUCACUGGUGGCGAUCUUUAUAUUGAAAACCUAAACAAGUCAUACAAUGGAACAUACCGCUGUGUGGCAUCCAACUCAGUUGGGGAAUCAUUUGAUGACUACAUCCUCUAUGUCUAUGGUAAAUUCAAACUAAUCUUUCUUUUAGCCAUGAACACAUGA